GGAAAACCGCUCUUCGCACGGGGAAUCACAGAGCCAUCCCCCCAAGCCGUCCCUCCUUGGUUGCCGCUUUAUAAACUAGCAGCCCGACCAUCUCCACACCACAAACCCUGCUGGACUCCAGGUUGCAUCGCUCUCCUCAGCUUUGUUCCAGCAUGCUUCGCAUUGUGACUGUCGCCGUCGUGGUGCUUGUGGUGGUGAUGGAUGCUGAGGCUGGGAGGCCUAGACCUUCUCCAAGCUGCAGGAGCUGGUGCAAAAGGCCUGGACACCCUGAAAAGAACGCUUUUUACUGCUGUGACUUCGGGAUUGGUACUGUUGGGAAACCUUUCGCAACACACCGUGGCAAGUGUCCCCACCGUCCUAUCUGUCCCGAGGGUCUGUAUACCAGGGGACCUGCUCCCACGGUAUGUGCUCACGACGGCCAGUGCUCCAAGCACGAGAAGUGCUGUGCUGAUGCCUGCCUUGAACACCACACCUGUCUGCUUGCUGACCCAUAGUGACCUGGCCCUCAAAACCUUCACGUCCUGUCCUUCUUAAUCCGAGAAAGUAGAAGGAAGAGAGAAAUCUGAGAAAUUAAGAUGAAUUUGUUAUUGUUGUUUGCUCGUUUAAUAUUUUCUCAUGUUUUGAGUUUUGAAAAAGCUCUUUUGAUGUAACGAAUGUUUUCCCUUCAAAUUAAAUCAAUAAUGGCUUUCCA